CUGGUGUGCAUUUUGACAAUGAACCAAGUUUGUGUGAUAUGCUAGCCAAUCUGAAAGCAAUGAGGAGGUUGUCAUUGACAGCAUGUGCAAUUCAGGAUCCAUGUGAAGAACCUGUGACUCGAACCAGUUAUGCUGCUCCAAAUGGCUUUGGAAAAAGACGAAGACUUGGUGUCCAAACAACCGAGAGAAAAAACAGCCAUUCCCAACUUGGUGCAACCCCAAACAAUACAGAGGUCAAGUUUAAGGAGAUGGUACUUUCAUGUCCCAGGAUGGAAGUGUUUGAUCUUGUGGGAGCACCUUUUAUCCCUGUUUUUAAUCAAUAUUUUGAUGUGUUGAUUAAAGAUGGAGUUUAUUGUGGUCAGCCCAUAGGGAAUGAUGUUCCUUAUUUGGAAAACAUCAGUGGGUGGUACCAUCUUAGACAGCUCACUCUAGCUAACCUGCCAGGUUUGAGAAUAGGACACUAUUUACAUAGGAUCCUGUCUUCAUGCCCGUGGAUAGAGUUCCUGUCUUUGGCAAGCCUGGGGCCUUCUCAUGCCUGCACAUAUGACAAGCAGCUGGCAGAGGGGUUGAAACACUGCAAAAACCUGGUUGAUUUCAGAUUGGAAGAAAGAUACUGCAAGUUGGGCCAGUACAUCAUUCCUGCACUACAGCACUGCUGUAAGCUGCAGAGAUUGUGUGCCAUUACAAAUAAGACUGGAGUGGAGAAGCACCUUCUUCUCAAUGCUGUGAAGAAGCUUCCUAAUUUGUCUGUGAUCCAACUGUUUGUGGGAAUGACGGAUGCUGCAUGCCAGGAACUGCAGAAGGCCCUCAUUCAGUAUUAUAAAUCCAGCAGUGAUUGUCCAGGGUUUAGCAUAGUUGUCAUACAGCUGAAGUCACGGGUUGGUCUCUACGAUUAUUUGGACUUUGUCAGGAAGAUGCCUCGCAACCAUUACAAGGAAAUCACGAGAUUUCAGCCAAGAGUUGACCAGUUUAUGUCAGAAACUAGAGUAUAACUACUUAAGAGUUCAGGAUUUGGUUCCUUCAUUUUGUUCCAAUUUUAAUGGUAUAUUUAAACAUCUUUUUAGUCAGUUAACCUAGUUAAAGAGAAGAAUUAAUUGGUAUUCCACAUAUUACUUUAAAUUUGUAAUUGGCUCUACUCUAGAUGAUAAAUAUCCCUGGUUUAAAUAAAAUAUGAAGCCACAUAUAUUGGUGUAUCCGUUUGAGAUUUAAUAAAGCAAUUACCAAGAUGCAUUUUAGUAAAUUAAGUAUUACCGAUGCAGCAUUUUGAAAAAAAUAUUGAGAAAAUAACGAUUGUUAAAACCGUUCUUGAGUUCCAAGUUUCACUUUUUGAGUCAAUCUCUAUAUGGAGAUAAAAGCGAUUUUUAAUUCCAAUUUUAAAAUGGCUAAAAUUUCCAAGAAAAGUUUUCACUGUAUAACAUUCUUGGGCCUUAAAAUACUUCGUUGCAUU